GCACCCGACCAAUCAUCGGCCGCUCUCGACGAGGGGCCAACAGCGGGAAGAAAAUCCAGUUGAUGGAAUGGCGGCGCCCUCAGGGCCGGAGGGACGUUUGGAGCUGAGUGCGGCCAUAGAGUGAUCACGAAGAACGUUUGGCAUUGAGGGUUCAGCAUUGGCUGUGCCUUAUCCCUGGGACAUUUCUCUUUCUUGCUGUCCUUUUCACUACUGUUGCUGGGGCAAUUUCAGAUUUCCUGUUUCGGUACUUUACUCUCCCAAACACUGGGACUUGUUGUUUGAUAUUCUAUCUCUAACGGACAGUCAAGAACAUUCUAGUUUCUGAGUCAGAAAGUUGUCGGUUGAAAUCCCAGUAUAGUGGUGUCUUGUGGCGCUAUGGUAGUGUCCCCAGCUCUGAGCCGGGAGGUUCAAGUCCCAGUUGCCUCCAGGGGUGUGUGAUAAUAUAUCUGAACGCGUUGCAACUGCUGAGUUACCUAUUGAAAGAUGUCCCACUCUGACUAUCUGCAGUCCCUUCGAGAUCAGAACAAACAUCUGCUGCAGAAGCUGAGGCUAAAGCAGCUCAAGAUUCCAUGGAAUGUGCCUGUGCCCCUUGAUAGUGGUGAUGGAUCCUGUCGAGGUGCCAUCAAGUCAGUGCAGAGCAGAUCUUCUACAGAAUACCAAGAGAACUGCAAUGACAAGCGUGCUGAGCAGAAAGGUAGAAAUUCACUGAAGAAUCCCAAUAUGAAGGACCAGACUCAUUCAGAACUGCCAGGUCCAGAGAUGUAUGAAGAUGGUUUGCAGCAGUUCGAUGAGGUGGUUGUGACUGAGUCCCGAAAUAGAAAGGAAGCGUCUCGUGCUGCACUGUUCAUUCCAUUGGCACACAGAAGCAGAAAGCAUGGCUGGACCCUUGUUGCUGGAGAUGGAGCGGGCGUGAAGCAGUCAGGUUGGCUACUUGGGAGUGGAGUUAAGGUGAUUCCCAACAUAGAACAGAAUUGUUCGUUGUCAGUUGGUAUGUCACCUAAAGGUCGCCUGAAUGCAAUGGAGACACUAGACUGUAAAUUGAACAAACUGAAGCCGGAGGCCAGACCCAGAAGCACCCCUUGCAAAUUGCUGACUGACAGCUAUGUGUCAAAAAAUUUUAAAUGCUCAACUCCUUUUACCAAGCCUCCUUCUGCACCAGGGUUAAUGAAGGAGCCUGAAUACCCUGCUUCGGUUACCCAGCUUUGUAGGGAUGUAACCAGCUUUAAGGAAAACAGCCCCAGGCAUCAUUCUCACUUCCUACAGAACUUCUGUGAAGACCCAAAGCGAAGGUCCAAGCUGGAGCCACCACUUUAUGUAGAACAACUGUUGGAUGAGGGUAAUGAUCGAUGCAGAGAUCGGUUUAUCAGAGACAUUCAGAAGCCAAAACCAAUUCUCUUAGAAUCUUGUGAUGAGGUGGCAAAGGUGGAUACGGGUCAUGUCACAUUUCUGUCUCCAAAAGAGGAGUCCAACCUUAGAGCACAGGUUCAGGCAGUGCGACCCUUCCUGGGCUAUGAUUGGAUUGCAGGUCUGAUGGAUAUUAACUCGCCAUUGUCAGAAAAGUCAGAGCAGUAUUUUUUGGACCUACAGGACUUCCGACGGGUGAACAAGGAUGAAUGUGUGCACCAGGAAUACAUGGAAGCAGAAGAACUCGAUGUUCAGGCCACAGAUCAGGAGAAACUUGAUUACAACUGUCAUGUUCACCAGUGCACUCACUCUUACCGUGUUAAUAAUCGCUUAUUUGCUGUCCCACUGGAAUCAGCAGCACCCUGCCCUAUUUGUAAAACUCCUAAGUCAAAGCAGUCACACACUCUGGAGGAGCCUGCUUAUAUCAGAGUCAGCAUCCCUAGAUCAACCUUGCUCCCACCACACAAAUACAAGCUACACCGUAGGAAGAGCUUUGAUCCCACAGACAGUCUGUCAUUGCCUUCACACUGUCUCUUGGGCUGGAGGAAUGCCUUGCCCUCAACCACUCCUAUUGCGAACACCCUGGACUUACGUAGCACAGUGGAGGCCGAAAAGAUUUCCUCUCCAUUGGCCCUUAACCUGUCCAACCCGAGUCCUGCUGCAUCUCGAGUGGCUGGAGGUACCAGAUCCGAUGAACUGCUAAACCUUACCCAUUUGACAGCCUACCAGUUUCAGAGACUGAGACUAGACUGUCCUUAUUCAACAUCCUGAUAACAUCUAAUGCCUCUGGACAUAUACAUGUUUCCAUUCCAGUGCUUGACCUUUGUUGCACCCCAAUGAUUUUUAAUUGGUUUUAAUUGUAAAGUCUGGUUUGGGGAUGUGUGCGGGUAGUGACCAUUGAAAGUCCAAGAAAGGCGGAGUGGGGUAGUGGCAGACAAUGUGUGUUACCAGCAUAUCAUAUCCUGGCUGUACAAAUCAGUCUUGUUUAAAGCGAAAGGAAUUGUAAAUAUCGGAGGAAAAGUAGAACAGUUGUACAAGACAGCAAGCCUGAGAGAGGUGUUAAAAUUCAACCUGUCCAUGAAUCAGAGUUUAUUGCUUAUUCUGCAUUGAGUUUCUAAGUUGUAUUCACCUCAAUCAGCCAUGGCAGAUGACGGAAACCCUGUUUACAUAUUUAUCUGUGGGAUACAGUAAAGAUAGUGUUUGUUGAGCAAACUCUAUGGAGUUGCUUGAUUGCUAAUUGUGCCAAACCUUUCUUGAACCGAUAAGACAGCUGGAAUUGAAGGUCUCAUGAAAUGAAAUUGAUUGUGUUCCCGUUUGUCGGUAUACUGAGCAUGGCUGUGUAUUUGAGAGAGUGCUCUUUCUGUGCAUCCACUUUAAUAGAGAAUGACAGAUAUUAAACCUUAGGUACUGCAAACACAUGCCAUUUGCAGUUAGUAAGCAGCAAACAUCAGUUGAUAGCUGAGGAGAAAAAAGUUAUUAAUAACUUUCCCGUGUAUCUUUUAAAAUAUUGUUUUAAUGUUUGGUGCCAAUGAGAAAUCACUGGUUGAAUAAAUUGAAACAGAUGAAAGAAGGAGGUAAUUACUGGUGAAUAGUAUGACUGGGGAUGCAGUGUUGCAAUAUCAAAUGGACAAUGAGCAUCUCUGUGCACAAACCCUGAUUUGGCUGCACCGUUGAUGAAAAUACUAGCUUAUGACGAAAAAUUGAAAAUUCCAAAAUGAAAUAUGGGAGAUUACACUCUUGACUAAAGCGAUUUCAGCAAUCAUGUUGUCAGUAAUUGUGGGAGAGUCAAUGCCUUCUGUUCAGUCCCAGUAUUCCCUGCUGAGAGAGGUGUUAAAAUUCAACCUGUCCAUGAAUCAGAGUUUAUUGCUUAUUCUGCAUUGAGUUGGGAUGGGACAGAUAUCUUGUCAGAACUAGAGAUUUGCUCGGUUGUGACUUGCUGUAAAAAAAGAGUAUGAUCAACAGGCUGUAUCUGCAUUUGAUGUUUCAGUUUAGCCUGUAAUUUUCUGUCUUUGUCUGAAAUUGUAACCUGAAUGCUGCAUGUUUUAACCAUUGAUCACUGUGCAAUGUUCUGCUUGCUAGCUGAAGCCUCAUUUUGUAAUCUUUUACAAUGUUUAAUCUUUUAAAGCCCUUUACUGUAAUCAGAUUUUCACUUUGAAACUCUCUCA